UUUAUAAGCAGUAUUUUACUAUAAAUAAGUACUAUUUUAACUAUUAUUUUCUGUCUAAAAUACCGGUGAGUACCGUGCCCAUUCAACGGAGUUGUAGGUGCAAACAGGCUGACGGCGAAGCGAGUAAAAAUCUUCGAAGAAAAUAUACACUCUUGCAAAAGCGUAAACAAUGCACAAUAUAGUCGAUGGUAUCCAUAUCCGUAGCGACAUUGCCCAUUGGGGAUCCUGGUCUAGUGAUAGAUUCCUCAAAUUGUGUAGGAUUGACGACCGUUGUUGAGCGGGUGGAGUUGGACAAAAACUGCUUUUGAACUCGAAAAACGGAAAGGUCUUUUGCAUCCAAGAAUACAUAUAUAACACUAUGAAAACAAAGGCGGACAUGCAAUGUCUGCCUGCAGGCGCCAAACCCAUGCUAGCCAGCGGCUGGCCCAAUGAAACAAGACGUACAUGAAACGCUUGCAGACCUGGAUCCAAUGGGAGCGAAAUAGGCGCUGUCUCAUCAUGGCCAAAAAAUCAUCACAAUGGAAAUAAAAUUAGAAAGGCUUUCCAGGGCAUUAAACUAAUCAUGCUUUGUUCUCCAGUCGGAAUGUCCAACUACUUCUCGAUUGGCGUUUUAUGUAAUCUAUUUGUCCUACUCAAAUUGUCCCUUGUGAAACCUUCGCGGAGCUUCAUUGUCCUACUGUAGCAGCUAGAGGCUGAAAGCUGAAAGGCACUCUAAGAAGCAAGCAGCCUUGUAACCGUGGUUCGCAUUGUCGGAUGCUAUCAAGACCCCGAAAGGGCUCAAAGGUAUUUGAAUAAGAAAUUUGUCUCCGCAGGUGAUUAGCAAUCUGAAGAUCGGUCUUUUCCUGUUCAGACUAUUUCAAGCGCUCGAGGCUUCUAGACGCUGCGUUUGAGGGCCCUGUGCACUGCCGCUAGUACUGAUAAGGCCUUCAGGAAUAAUUUCUCCGCCGGCAUCUCCGCAGAGCCACCACUAGUAUCGGUAAUCCCUGGCGGAGUUGGACAGAGAAGCUAUAGCCUUAUAUUUUUUUAUAAGUACAGUAGUAUUUGUUCUGCUAUUGUGAAUAUCCUCUUCAAUUCAGUCUUAAUACCCAAUAAUCUUUUACUUGCCUUUACGCCCGAAUCAACGGAGCAAUGACAGAGCACAUGAAAGCCUGGCAAUAUGUCGCGCCUGGCCCAUUGAGCGACCAGAUCAAGCUCACCGACCAAGCUGUAAAGCCAUCUGUAUCAGCACUCAAAAAGAAUGAAAUUUUAAUCCAAGUCAAAGCUGCCGGCAUCAACCCGGCGGAUUACAAAGUCCCGGCGAUGGGAGUGGUAGCGCGAGGAGUAUUACCCUUCCCAAAGACACUGGGCAUGGAUCUCGCAGGCGUGGUCGCUGCUGUCGGCUCCGAGGUCACAGAUGUCACGGUCGGAGAUCAUGUCGUGUCGCGAUUAGAUCCUCUCAAGGCGACCGGUGCGCUGUCCGAGUAUGUCGUUGCUGCACAGGAAAACUACGCUGUCCUGGCCAAAGAGACGGGCCUUGAUUGCGCUGCUGGUCUAGGAACCGCAGGGCUCACUGCAUACCAAACCAUCCAGCCCUACGUCAAGGCUGGUGAUAACAUCUUCAUCAACGGCGGCUCGGGUGGUGUUGGCACUUUUGCCAUUCAAAUCGGAAAGCUCCUGGGCUGCAACGUCACAACAUCAUGUUCGACGCCCAAGGUGGCCAUGUGCGAAGAAUUGGGUGCCGAUGAAGUGAUUGACUACCGCAAAUCGGAUGUCAUCGAGACCAUCAAGAAGAAUGGAAAGACGUACAAGUUGGUUGUUGAUCUAGUUGGAUCGUCACCGGCAAACUUGCAUGUCUCUUCUGGUGAAUUCUUGUCCAAAGAUGGUGUGUAUGUCAUGGUUUCCACAGCUCCUUCGUGGAGCGGACUCACUACAGUCGCCAGCGCGCUUCUCAAGCCAGCUUGGUUGGGUGGUGCGAAGAACAAGGUCGUUGUUUACAUGACGUGGAACGACAAGGCCCACCUGUCCCAGCUUGCUCAGUGGCUCGAUGCUGGAAAGCUCAAGGUCACCAUUGAUAAGAGAUAUGAGUUUGGCGAGGCAUUUGAGGCCUAUGACCAGCUGCAUGCAGGAUCUGCAGCUGGAAAGAUUGUUGUUCAUGUUCCUUGAUUAGUGUUAUACCAGAACACAGUAUAAUUUAAUGCAUAAGAUAUAUCUUCCUCACUAUAACCAGAUGUCGGCUGUGUUGUACAUGGAGGUGAUCAACAGUUGAUCAGGGGUAAGGUACAUUGAAUGUCGCUCAACACAAUAAUGGACGCAGAUUGGAAAAAUUAAAAUACAGUAUU